CAAAACCCUAACUCUUUCUCUCUCUUGCCUCGUUUACCCGAGUCCAUCCAAAGAACCGUAACCCGAGUUCAACCGUUCCCCCCACCCCCAACCUAAGGUUUGUUUUUCACUGUCGCGUGAAAGCGUCUGCAAUUCUCUUUGUCUCUCCCUCUUCUCUCUUAGUCAUGGACUCUCUGAGGUUUCUCUUUGCCUUCUUUUCAUAGCCAGAGUUCCUGUCUGUAUUUCUCCUUUUCUUGCUAAUAGGGAUUCCUCUCUCUAUUUCUUCUUCUUUAGUUUCCUUUCUCUUGUUUCAGUAUUUUGGUACAUACAUAAUUUUUGCUGCAAUGGAGGUGGACAGUGCUCGCCCAGAGUUGGUUGUUUUGGAGAGGAUGGUGUCUUCUGUUUUGGAAGCUGUGGUAGUAGAGACGGCUUUAGCUGCUGGGAAAUCUUUGGUCUGGCUUUUCUUGGCGGUAGGGUCUCUCUCAAAUGAUAUGCAUAUGAUCCAAAGUAUACCCAGCUCGGACAAAAGGUUUCCAAUGGCGGAGCUUCACAGAGUGAAACAACCUGAACCUGAAAACAAGGAUGCUAGUGACACAGAGGACGACGAUGAUGAUGAUGAUGAUGAAGAUGUUAAUGAGGACGACGAUGACGGUGAUGAGGUUUCAGGUGACGAGGGUAAUGGUAAUGAUGAAGGAGACCCUGAAGAUGAUGCUGAGGCCAAUGGUGCCGGAGGAAGUGAUGAUGAGGAUGAGGAUGACGAGGAUGACGAAGGGGAAGAGAAUGAUGAGGAUGAUGAUGAGGAGGAUGAAGAUGAUGAGGAGGAGGAUGAUGAAGAGGAGCUACCCCAACCACCUUCUAAGAAGAGGAAGUGAGAUUAACAAUAGGUUCUUCUGUUUUUUGUCCUUAUGGGUAGGUCAUCAGUGUAGGAGGGGAGGAUUCCAGUGUUGUCCAUCUUCAUAGGGUAGGAAAAUAUGCCAUCCUUCUUGUGAAGGAACUUGUUUUUGGCCGUCUUAUGUUACAAUUUUCAUAAUCUUAUAUAUUUGCCUCUAGUAUGUACGCCUAAAA